GGUGGUGAAGUGCUCAGAGGACCCCUGUCCCAACGAGGUGGACUGCUUUAUUGCCAGGCCAACAGAGAAACGAGUGUUCACGGUCUUCAUGGUGGUGAUAAGCUUGGUGUGUAUACUCUUGACCCUGUGUGAGAUCCUCUACCUGCUGGGGAAGAAGUGCAGGGAGUGUAUUGGCGGUGGAGGACCCCGUGCCAUCAGGGAGAGCCCCCAGUUCACCAUGCCAGCUACCAUACCCCUGACAGAGAAAGAUACCUCUGUGUUCAAGCAGUCUGAACUGAAGAAGAUGAAUAUGGCUGAUGGGGAUGGUGGACUGGAUAAGAGAGAGAGCCCUGCUCCGGGUUACAGUGUGACUGUCUCUUAAGACGGUUAUCUUUCAUUCUGGUCCUGGAGAUGCCAGAACAUGUGAAGGCUUUCCGUUCAAGCCCAGUAUUAAUACGUGAUUAGAUGGAUCUAAUCAAGGCAUUGAUAAUUAGUUGAUCAGUUGUGUUUUAGUAAGUCUAGUAGUAGUUAGUAGAUAGUACUGGUCUGGACGAAAAGCCUAUGGAAAGACUACAACAUUCUGUCAUGUCUGUGUCAAGGCAAGGGCCACAUAUACUGUUCAGUGUGAGUAUAUGGGAUACUCCAAAAUGCUGUUUACAAAGUCACUGCCAAAAUGGGAAAAUAUUUAGUCGUGAUUAAUUAGAGAAUGACAUGACAUGUUUUUUUUGUAAGAAGUUUUCAUUUCAUGAAAUGUACAUUAUUUCUUGUAUUGUCUAGUUAUUGACAUGUGUAAUAUAAUUUCAAGCCUGAUGAUUGUAGUCUGCUUGUAAUUUGAAAUAAAACAUAUUUUAUUAUGAUCUAUUA